AACAUUUUCAAUUCGAGUUCAGUGAAUAAUUGUUCGUGCUUUUACUUGUUGUGUUGAGUGUUUUAUAAUUAAAUAAUUGUUGAACCGGUUGUGUGUGGUUUUUGUAGAGGAGAAAACAGUGGUGAAGCUUCCUGUUUUGAGGCGCUAAUCGGAUGCGCCGUGGCACUGUUGGGCCUUUGUCAGAAUCGUCGCACUAACAUGGAGAGGCCGUCUCCUGAUGAUGACAGCAGCAGUCCGGAGUUUCCUCAGACGAAAAAUGUGUUUCUGCAUGAACGAUUCCACACUGAAAGCGAUCGCACCGGAUUUGGUACCGGCAAAUUAUCUCUCCAUGGCGAACGACGCUCGCACCCAUCGGGAUACACAGAUCAAAGUCCUGCUGGAAAAGAAGAAACUUCCGGAACACGGCUGGGACAAUGCCACGAUUGAAUAUUUCGUCAACGAGAUGGCAUUGAUGGAUAGCAACAAUUUCCUGAAUCGCUGCGGUGUCGGCGAACGCGAAGCCCGAGUCGUUUGCGAUCUAGUUCGACGACGUCACUACAACUUUGCCCACGGAAUUGGCCGAUCCGGCAACUUAACUGACGCCCAACCCAAAGCUGCCGGUUCCACUAUUCUGAACAACCUGACGAACGCCUUACUACUGGAUUGGGUUCGCGAGGCGGGGGUCACAAGCUGCCGGAAGGCUCUGUUGGUCCCGAUGGCCACUGGAAUGGCCGUGAUGAUGACCCUGCUGGCAUUGAAAGCCGAACGACCACAAGCCAGGUACGUUCUUUGGUCCAGGAUAGAUCAGCAGUCUUGCUUCAAGAGUGUUUGUUCGGCCGGAUUGAUUCCGGUCGUGAUCGAUACCGUUUCGGCGGAAGAAAGAGGAGAUGCUGUUCUAGGGACGGACUUGCGGGCUUUCCGGGAUGAGAUAUCGGAACUUGGACCGGAAAAUGUUUGCUGCGUUUUGUCGACUACGAGCUGUUUUGCUCCUCGGACAUGUGAUAGCAUUGUUGAAUUAUCAGCACUGUGUAGUAGGUGGGAAAUUCCUCACGUGGUCAAUAACGCAUAUGGCUUACAGAGCACUUACCUUGCACAUCAGCUUGAACAAGCCAACAAGUCCGGGAGGAUUGACGCAUUCAUUCAAAGUACAGACAAAAACUUAUUGGUGCCGGUUGGAGGUGCCAUAAUUGCAGCAUUCAAAUCAGAAGUUGUAGAACAAGUCUCCAAAUUCUACCCCGGAAGAGCCUCCAGCUCACAAUCCUUAGAUGUCCUUAUGACUCUACUCUCCCUGGGAAAGGCCGGCUAUAAAGAUCUGGUCGUAAAACGGAAAGAGCAUCAUCAGUACCUUUUGAGCCGAAUGAUCCAAGUGGCCAAGAAAUUCGGUGAAACGGUCAUUUCCGGAAGGAACCCCAUCUCGAUUGCCUUCACUCUGAAAACAUUCGCCGGUCCGAAUGUACAAAUGAUCGGAUCGAUGCUACAUCGUAGGGGAGUGUCCGGCUGUCGCGUGGUCAGUGGGACGGAGGAGAAAACUAUUGCCGAUAUCCGGUUCAAAGCGUGGGGUUCGCACCGCAAUGACGCUACAGUUCCCUACUUAACUGCAAGUGCUGCUCUCGGAAUAAGCCGGGAGGAAGUUGAUGGAUUUAUCGUUAAGUUAGAGCAAGUGCUUAAUGAGCGAAAGACUCAAAUGUGAUUGUGAUAUAAUUACCAAAGCAAAUGGUAUGUCAUACUCUCUCAUGAAGCUUCACCUGAUUACAUGGUAGGGUAGCUGAUCUACUGUUUUAAACUGUAUUGUUUUAAGUCCUUGAAUUUGUACCUAAUAAAUACCUGAAUUAUUCCA